GCCGCUUCUUCUCUCGGCAGAACAUUUUCCUUCACCUUGACCGACCCCCACCACAACUAUCCCCAUACCAUACCAACAGAAAGCACGUCCACCUACACGAUGCCUAUUUCCAAAAAGGACAGAAUCCAGCGCGAGCACAAAAAAGCCGACAAGGCAGGUACACGAGCGCCUGUAAAAGCGAACGGACUACCGGUCAAGGCGCCAAAGCCUACGUCGAUUUGCCAGAACUGUCGCCGCGAGAUUGUAAACACCAAUAAAGCGCAACUCGAAGCCCAUGCCGCAAGCCACGACGCCACGCUUUGGCCCAAGGAGAAGUGCUGGCCGAACGAUUACCCGUGAGCGGUGAGCGAGCGGCUACUACGAAACGGACGUCUAUGUACAACGUGCAUGUAUGGGUUACUGCGGGGGGAAAUCAUCUGGCGGCGAGGAGUCUGCUUCAGUGCACUCGAUGGCUGUGUUUCGGGCUGCUGCAACAUUUCGGCAGUGACGCCGUUGCCUUUGAACAGAAAAUGCCCUUUUUCCUAGUCUGUGUGGCAUGGGGGGAUGGGCAUAAUGGGCAUCAUGAGCAUGCAAGUGUCAGUGGCUGCAUUUCUUCGUGGGGAUGAUUGAGCAUCACCACAGGCCAGCACAUGUCCGCACAGUGCUUAGGUACUUAUUACACACACUACAGUAUACAUGCAAACGUAUUCUGCUGUUCUCACGGCGGGCCACGAACGACCAAG